GUCCAAAAUCAAGAGCAAGAAAAUGUCAGGCAGAGGCAAAGGAGGCAAAGGAUUGGGAAAAGGAGGAGCGAAGAGGCACAGGAAAGUGUUGAGAGACAAUAUUCAGGGAAUUACAAAGCCAGCUAUUCGUAGACUCGCUCGUAGAGGUGGUGUGAAGCGUAUAUCUGGAUUGAUUUACGAAGAGACUCGUGGGGUUCUGAAAAUCUUUUUGGAAAAUGUGAUUCGUGAUUCUGUAACUUACACAGAGCACGCUAGGAGAAAGACGGUUACUGCUAUGGAUGUUGUUUAUGCACUUAAGAGGCAAGGAAGGACCCUUUACGGAUUUGGGGGUUAGGGUUUUUUUUUUUUUUGAACUUUGAUAUCUGUUAUAUAUUCAUGAAAUAGAAAUUUGAUUUACCCAUUA